CGUGAGCGUAAUGUCCUUGGCCUUCUGCUCUGUCUGGCCACUCCUAACCCCAGGGCUUCCUGAAACCAGAGCUGCUAGGAGGUGAAUUCACCCACCUGGAGUUCCCCCGCAGAGUUCUGCCCAAGGAGCUGGGGCAGAGGAUGCUGUACCGGGACCAGAACAUGACCGGCUGGCUCGGGUGAUGGCCACCAUUGGGGUGACCCGGGGCUUGGGGGACCACAACCUUAAGGUCUGCAGUUCCACCCUGCCCAUCAAGCCCUUCCUCUCCUGCUUCCCGGAGGUACGAGUAUAUGACCUGACACAGUACGAACACUGCCCGGAUGAUGUGCUGGUCCUGGGAACAGAUGGCCUGUGGGACGUCACCAAUGAUCGUGAGGUAGCCGCCACUGUGGACAGGGUGCUGUCAGCCUAUGAGCCCAAUGACCCCAGCAGUCCCAGCCAUGGCUGCGAUCCGGAAGAAGCUGGUGAUUGUGGGGGAUGGUGCCUGUGGGAAGACCUGCCUCCUCAUCGUCUUCAGCAAGGACCAGUUUCCGGAGGUCUACGUCCCUACCGUCUUUGAGAACUAUAUCGCAGACAUUGAGGUGGACGGCAAGCAGGUGGAACUGGCUCUGUGGGACACAGCAGGGCAGGAGGACUACGAUCGUCUGCGGCCUCUCUCCUACCCGGACACCGAUGUCAUCCUCAUGUGCUUCUCCAUCGACAGCCCUGACAGUCUAGAGAACAUUCCUGAGAAGUGGACCCCGGAGGUGAAGCACUUCUGCCCCAACGUGCCUAUCAUCCUGGUCGGGAAUAAGAAGGAUCUGCGGCAAGAUGAGCACACCAGGCGGGAGUUGGCCAAGAUGAAGCAGGAACCCGUUCGGUCCGAGGACGGCCGCGACAUGGCGAACCGCAUCAGUGCCUUCGGCUACCUUGAGUGCUCAGCCAAGACCAAGGAGGGGGUGCGGGAGGUAUUCGAGAUGGCCACUCGGGCUGGCCUCCAGGUCCGCAAAAACAAACGCCGGAGGGGCUGUCCCAUUCUCUGAGGUCCCCAAGGCCUCCCCUCUGUGUCCCCCUCCCUUCACAGGGGUAUAGAAGGGACCCACCCCACAACCUAGCCUCUUAGAACUCUGUGCUGAAGGCUCCCUUUCUCAGUUUCCUCAGCCCAGGACUGCAUCGAGUUUCCCCAGCCGUGGUGGUGGUGGGCGGCCAGCCUUGGCUCUUGGCAUUCUGGGACCCCAGGCCUCUGCCCUGCCUCCCUGAGCAGAGCCCCUUGGGCCCCUGUUCCCUUUGGCCUUCCCCAAAGGGUGGUCACACACCAGCACUUUGUAUACUUCUGCUCACAGGAGAAUCGGGUGGAGGACACAGAGGGCACAGGCCCCGUCCCAGGCCCCUGGGAGUUUUGCUUUGGGCAGGGGCCUUGUCUGACUGCGCUUGGUGAGGGGCACGAAUAAAGGCUGCAGGCCCUAGAGGCCCCGGGCUCCAA